ACUAACGUCCAUAAUACGUCGCAGCCAGUCCACUAGGCUGAGUGGAUACUCGGGGUAUGCAAAGAUGAACAUUCAUCAUAGCAUGGAGGUAGAAUUCCAUGAUCAUAGUGAAACAAUUUUGUGGCGGGAAAAACUUAAACUUAAAUAGGAGACUAAAAUGUAUUGUACAUGCACGGGGUGCUAAAGCGAAAUUCAAUUUGUCAUUCUAUAUCAUUACCAGGGCCAAAUCUAGUGUGCGAUUCGGCCAUUUUCGCACCGGCAGACCCCGACCAGAAUUUAUACGCCUCUGUGUACUGGCCGAUGCCUCGAUCGACGGACGUGGACGGCGACCCGGCGGCUGUUACAUGCGACAAACCUCGGGGCACCGUGUUUGAAGGUCUCAAGAUAAUCGAAAACAUAGUGCAGUGUACGGCGACGGAUACGUCGGAUCCAGGAAGCACCAGCACCUGCGCAUUUCAAGUAUUCGUGACUCCAACUUUCCAAAGCGGCUGUCCAGAAGACAUCGUGCAGGAGAGCUCCACCGUCACGUUUCCCAAACCUAUUGGCAACAAGAACUUUGGCAAUACAGAUCUAGCACCAGUCACAUGCAGCCACGAGAGUGGUGAUGCCUUCGAUGCUGGACUGACUGUCGUCACCUGUCGUGUGACAGAGGCAACCAUCGAUGGUCUAGUGGCACGCUGCUCCUUCAGAGUCACCGUCGGGACUCUGCCAGAAUUUGAGGAUCGUGGUUCGUGCAACGGCACUGCUGUCAUCAACACUGCCCCUGACGAGGGCUCGAACACAGCCACGGGCAUCGCGGGCCAGUGGGCCAGACCCACCAAGGCAGGCGGCGAGCAAGCCUCCUGCGAUCCAGACCCAGACACUUUCACUUUCCCGGCUGGUGCCACCAGUGUGACGUGCACGAUAGCAGACUCUGAUCUGCCAUCUUUGAUAGACACUUGCUCGUUUGAAGUUCGUGUCUUUCCCACAUUCCCAGACGGUUGCCCAGAAACCGUCGUGACAGAUGACGGUUCAACCGUUGACUUUUCCCCGCCGGAUGCGGUGGAUUCCGCCGAGACAACAAUUGCCGGCACUUGCGAUAGGGCAAGCAACGAGACAUUCCCAGAUGGCGAAACCACUGUGCAAUGUUCGGCCACAGACAGCGUGGAGACCACGCAGACUGUCACGUGCAGCUUUGUCGUGGCUGUUGGCACCGCGCCGGAAUUUGAGUCCCAAGGCUCGUGCAGUUCGGGCCCCGUCAACGUUCCUCCAGACGAUGGUACGAUGACAGCUACUGGACUGACCGGCAAGUGGGACAGGCCCACCAGAGUUGGAGGGGGUGAAGCAACCUGCGAUCCUGACCCUGACACGGCUACAUUCGUGGGAGAUAGCACCGAAGUGGUGUGCACGAUACAGAAUGCAACUGCACCGUCCAUCACCAGCACUUGCAAUUUUGAUGUUGGUGUCUUUCCAGCCUUUGAGCCGGACACCCUACUAGGAGACCCAUUUCGGUCCCCGGACCCUGGUACCAACUACGCCACCUACGCCUACCUGGACCCUCGAGCCAAGGAUAGCAGUGGCACAUAUCUCCCCGUGGCCUGCAACCCGCCCUCUGGGACUCAGUUUGAUGGUGGUACACACGAGAUAAAGUGUGUAGCCACUGACUCGACUGCCGGUGAUGACUCGACUUAUACAUUCACUCUAUCCGUAGCCCCAACCUUCAAGACCCUGUGUCCUGAUGACAUCAUUCAGGCCAGCAACCCGGUCAGUUUUGUCGUGCCGAUCGGUAACGAUGACUCUGACGGAGAGCCUUUCCCUGUCAAUUGCACAAAGAACGACGGUGACGACUUUCAGCCAGGCGACACAAUCGUCACCUGUACCGUCAGACAUCCUGUGACCAAGCUGGUGGCUACUUGCUCCUUCACAGUGACAAUUGUUGUUGCUCCUACGUUUGAUGCGUCUCCUGUCUGUGAUGAAGACUUCGAUGUUCAGCCGGCUCCUGGUGAAAAUAAGGCUAUCGCCGUAAUCUGGCCGGAGCGUACAGCUGCACAAUCCGAUGGCAACCCGGCGAAUGUGACCUGCAUGCCGGACAACGGCUCGGACUUUGAGGCAGGCGAUACCAAUGUCACCUGCACUGCUGUGGACACUCGCUUACCGGCUGACACUGCCCCAACGACAGACUGCACCUUCAGAGUCCGUGUGUAUCCAACCUUUGCCAAGGGGUGUCCGAAUGACACCAUCCAAAUUCCGGACCUCUCUGGAUCAACCACUAUCGUCACCUACGAAGUACCAGAGGGCGCCAUUGAUUCAGGCGGCAUCGAGGCAGCUAAUGUGACGUGCGAUCCAAGCAGUGGAAGUGCCUUCCUUAACGACAACACAACAGUGGUCACAUGUACUGCCGUGGAUUCAGUGACAUUUGGUGAAGCAACUUGUAUGUUUACAGUGAGAUUCCUGAAAGCUCCAACAUUCAACCCCGAUCCGCCCUGUGAUGAAGACAUGAAUGUGCCUCCCUCCCCUGAAUCCAACAUGGCACUGGCAGUGGUCUGGCCAGAACGCACGGCCACGCAGGAUGACGGAGACCCAGCAGAUGUUACCUGUAUCCCGGCCAGUGGCUCAGACUUCGCAGGCGGUGAUAAUAACGUCACGUGCACCGCAACAGACGAACGGGCCCCCGAGGCUCUUUUAACUACUUGCGAAUUCCUAGUUCGUGUCUAUCCCACGUUUGUCAGUGGCUGCCCAGCCAACCUUGUCGUACCUCCGGGAGAGGGAGACACGACCGUGGUGGAGUUUCAGAUACCAGAGGGCGCUCCAGACUCGAUGGGCGAACCCGCUAACGUGACCUGUGACCCUGACACUGGUUCAGCCCUCCCCAAUUUUGCGGUAACAGAAGUCAUCUGCACGGCCGUGGAUUCAGAUUAUGUGUUUUUUCCCAACGUGACCACCUGCAGUUUCAAAGUUACACUUGGUGUAGCUCCGACAUUCAACCCCGAUCCGCCGUGUGACGAAGACGUGAAUGUGCCUCCCUCCCCUGAAUCAAACAUGGCACUGGCAGUGGUCUGGCCAGAACGCACGGCCACGCAGGAUGACGGAAACCCGGCAGAUGUUACCUGUACCCCGGCCAGUGGCUCAGACUUCGCAGGCGGUGAUAAUAAGGUCACGUGCACCGCAACAGAUGAACUGUCGCCCAAUACUCUUAUGACUACUUGCGAUUUCCAAGUUCGGGUCUAUCCCACGUUUGUCAGUGGCUGCCCAGCCAACCUUGUCGUACCUCCAGGAGAGGGAGACAUGACCUUGGUGGAGUAUGAGAUACCAGAGGGCGCUCCAGACUCGAUGGGCGAACCUGCUAACGUGGCCUGUGACCCUGACACUGGCUCAGCCUUCCCCAAUAAUGCGGUAACGGAAGUCAUCUGCACGGCCGUGGAUUCAGAUAAUGUGCUUUUCCCCAACGUGACCACUUGCAGUUUCAAAGUUACAGUCGGUGACGCGCCGACCUUUGCCCAAGGCUGUCCGGCAGAUAUCAUCGUUGCCCCAGACCAGACCGGGGAAGCUGUGGUGACAUGGGAGGACGUCACAGGGAAUGAGGACUCCACGGGCCAACCGGCAAAGGUCCAGUGCGAUUAUGAGAGUGGCGCCACUUUCAGCCAAACAGAAACCGUGGUGACCUGCACGGCCACGGACGCUGGGACCGGACUCACGGCAAAUUGCAAUUUCACGGUUAUAAUCGACUCUGAGCCACCUGUUGUAGAAUGCCCGGAGAGUUUGAACGCUCCCGCCGACCCCGGCACUAAUAUGGCCAACGUGACCUGGGGCGAUCCUGCAGCCGCGGACAGCUACACGCCGGGAGCAGACAUCCAUGUGGUGUGCAUACCGGGAAGCGGUACCAUCUUCCCGUAUGGGACAACCCCAGUAGUCUGCUCUGCUGCAGACUCGGUCAACAACAUUGGAAUGUGCUCCUUUGAAGUUCAGGUGACAGGUGCAAUCUGUCCUGACCAGUGCCCAGAUAAUUCCGUCUGCACGCUACAAGAGGACGGCGAAUCUGUGUGUGUUUGUAACACAGGAUACACCGGCACAGAAUGCACAAACGAGGACGAGUGUUUGCCCACAAGUCCCUGCCAUGCUGAUGCUGUGUGUACCAACCUUGACCCACCGGAUUUCUUCAGUUGUCAAUGCAAAGAGGGAUUUUACGGCGAUGGCAUGUACACAUGCGAACGCUACUUUCCUGCUGAGUAUCCUGACAUACCCAUUCCAGAUGGAGCUAAUGAUCUGCAGAAGAUCUUCUUGGUUGUUCUCGCCAUUGCCGAUGCUUCUGCCAGUGGAUGUGACCCAGACGUAGACAAGACUUCAUUUGAGUGUUCAAUAGUUGUCCAGACCUUCAAGGAGCUUGUGUUGCCGCUUUACAAGAGGGUAUCUGAAGUCGGCUUUUUGGACGUCAUGGUGAAUCAAACGGAUUUAAGAAAAGGCAGCGUUGUUGUCCCCCACACAGUGUCCUACAACUACUCAGACCAAGCCAUCCGUGCAAUCAGGCCGGAGGUGUUUUAUCAAAGCUCGGUGGAACCAGACGUGGAAGCGGGUAGACUUGGAAACCUGCUGCUGGAGAAGAACUGCCAAGAAUGCACAACUCCGACAGAUAUCACUGACAUCUGCAGUAUUGUCGACAAGGAGGCUGUCACGUGCCCAGAGAAGAGCGUCGUCGUUGAGGACAGAAACGCGGACACUGGGAUGUGUGUUUAUAAAUGCAUCUCGCCAUGCGAAGAGAACUCGGAAUACUGCAAUGGGGGAGUGUGCUCCCAAAUACAAAACGAGGACCCUGUGUGCAGUGAAUGCCCAGAAGGCAUGACGGGGCCGCGAUGCACCAUUAUCAUGGAACCACCCUACGAACCCAAUAUCCCGCUCAUCGUUGGGCUGUCUGUGGGCCUGGGAGGCACCGUCCUACUGAUUGUCAUACUGAAUCUGCUGUACUGUGCAUUCCGUGGCCGCUGCACCAAAAAAGAACUCGAGGAGGAUGGUGUGGACAACGGGGGUGUUGAGAAUUUCAAUGACAUUUCGAUGGAGGUACGCACUGAGGAUGAAGGUUAUCCUGAUUCGAAGGAUAAUUAAGAUGGUUGUACUUGUUUGGUUUGGUUUUAUUUGAUUUUACAAUAGAACUGCAAAGGGGUCCUCAGGCUGAAUCGAAAACAGUUCGACGAAAAUUCAAG